GCUUCGGGACGUCUGGAGAUCACAGAGAUGCUUUUGAUGGUCUCAGCCGGUGAUAUCGCUCCGCUCAUGUUCAGAACAAAACUGAGAGACCAUUUCAAUGACUCAAUGUGCUCGUUUUGAGGAGCAAAGGAGACGUUUCUGUAGGAUUUUCAGUCCGGAGACGUGAUGUCAGCCAGCGCUCGCGCCCUGCUCUUAGUACUGCUGAGUGUGCUUCAGGCGAAUGGCCAGACGGAGAUGAAGAGAGUGGUCGGAGACAAUGCCACGCUGCCUUGCCACCAUCAGCUGUGGCAAGCCGACAUUACCCUGCUGGACAUAGAAUGGAUGCUGCAUAAAUCCAGUUCACGGCAGACAGUGUUGAUCACCUACUUUGGGGGUCGGAUCUACGACCCCAAUGACAGUGAAGCUGGACGGCUGUCCCUAUCGGGCGACUAUCUGAAGGGUGAUGCUUCACUCAUGAUCAGUGACCUCUCGCUCACUGACUCUGGAGAGUACAUCUGCAAGGUCAAGAACGGCGGGAAGUACUACUGGAACACAGUCAAACUCAUCGUGCUCCUGAAGCCGUCCAAACCACGCUGUUGGAUGGAGGGUCGUCUGCUGGAAGGAAGUGAUGUCAGACUGAGCUGCAAGUCCACAGAUGGUUCUGACCCAAUCGGCUACAAAUGGGAGAGAGUCUUGGACAAGGGAAAAUAUGUUGGCAAGCUCCCACCUCUGGCCCUCAUAGAUCUGAAGAACCCUGAGAUUGUUACGCUGAAAAAUCUGACGAAGGAAAGUGCAGGUGUCUAUAAAUGCACCGCCAGCAAUGAUGUCGGAGAAGAAAACUGCACUUUAGAGGUCAAAGUACACUAUGUCCGUGGAAUGGGCGUGGUGGCGGGUGCCGUAGUGGGCGUGUCCUUCGGCGUUCUACUCAUCAUCCUCAUCGUCUGGCUUGUUUUCCGCAAGAAAGAGAAGAAGAAAUAUGAGGAGGAGGAAGCGCCCAAUGAAAUAAGGGAAGAUGCGGAAGCUCCCAAAGCCAAACUGGUGAAGCCGAACUCUCUCUCCUCCUCUCGCUCUGGUAGUUCUCGCUCCGGAGCCUCCUCCACUCAGUCUAUGGUGCACAACAGCGCCCCCCGUGGGCCCAGGCCUCGACUGCCCGUGGUGGCUGCCCUUAAAGAAAGCGGGCAGCCCGAAAACUUCCCUUCAGUACCACCGCCGUACAACCACGUGGUCCCCAAACCCCCGGAGCCCAGCAGUAGCCCUAAACCCAGCUCGGCAAAGCUCAGCCCAGGGAACCUGACGAGGAUGGGCGCCACACCGGUGAUGAUCCCCGCGCAAACCAAGGCAUUCCAGACUGUGUAGGAAUACAAAACACACAUAAACACACACACACACAAACAGAUAAAUACACACACU